AUGCAUGGGUUCUCUAUCCAGUACGGAACAGUGCAGGUCUUGAGCCCGUGCAGUGAAAGUAGUGUCCACCCUCCUUCUGUAACAUCAAGAAUUGCGUUUUUGAAUAUCACCAUUUGUGGUUUCUUCUCUUUCGCAAUUCCUGUUAACACGUUCUAUGAUACAGAAGAUGGGAAUACUAGAAAACUAAGUCUAUUGUUGACAGACGCUAGCCAUCAAGCUUUGUCAAAGAAUAACUGGCUGCAGUUCAACACAAGCACGCAAACUAUAGAAGCUUUUGCUACAGCAAAUCAUGCGUUAGCCCAGUCCUCCAGUGGAUAUUCGUUUCUUUUGACCGCUACAGAUAGCUCUAGCCUCUCUGCAUCUAACAGUUUCCAUACCAAAAUUGUCGGUCCUGCACAAAUACUUAAAGAUUGUCAAAUACAAAUUGUCUUCAAAGUCGAUGCCUCUUUAAGCAGCAGCAGCAACAACAUUUUGAUACAGAAAGUCGUGAAAGGUCUUCGAACGUAUUUUGCUCUGACUGCAACGGAAAUUGGCCUGGUUGAUUUCAUACGCCAUUCAAAUUUCCAAUUCACGUUUUCUUGGAGUUAUUGCUCAGCAAGUUAUAGUCACUUUUCAACUACUUUUUCAAGCGAAUCACAAGUUGACUACCAUGGUUUGGUGACCAAAAUUUUGGUUUUGAUGUUUGGCGCAGAUAGGAAAUCUAUACAAACUGCUUUUCUGUCAGCAUUCGAACAACUUACCGUAGUCUCAGCAAAAACGUCAUUCUCCGGUGUUUGCAAGAAUCUUCCCCCUAUUCUGACGUCAACCACGAAAUUGAGAAUCCAAGUGGAAAAUUGUGGCUACAAAAUGGAAGAACUUCAACAAAGUUGGUUUUACGAUUAUGAAGAUGGAAAUGCCUUUGACUUAAAUCUAAAUUUGCUUGAUAACAAAAAUAAAACUGUCAGUAUAAACAACUGGGUCCAUAUUGACCUGAAAGCAAGAAAAGUACUCGUGAGUUUAAGAGAUUCACAAAGAGACCAAUUGCAAAAGGACUAUACUUUCUACCUUAAAGCAACCGAUAAAAGUGGUAAAAGUGCCUUUCUUCCGAUAACUGUAGCGAAAUUAACACCGACAACAACGAGAUCGCCGUUCAGUAUCACAUUUGAAUUCACGUUGCCAACAUCAUCUUCCCGAAACUCAUAUGUAAAUGAAAGCAUUAUGUUAAGUGAUACUACAGCAAGACUCUAUAGCCUGAUCAACGGCAAAAGCGUAAUAACGAGUCAGUUUACUUCACAAGAAGCACCCGUGGAAACCCGCAGUUUUACGUGGUUGCCGUGUAACUUCCAGUCAUGCAGUGGCUCUUCAGCACUUCAGCUAACAAAACAGCUCUUUGAUGCAACGAAGUCGACGGUACAGUCGUUUAAAGAAUCAUUUCUACCGUCUUUCUCUUUUAAAAGGGCGUACUUUAUAUCAUCGUGUUAUACUCCUGGCCUACCUCCGGCAAUUCUUGGUAGCAAUAUUGAAUUAAACAUAUCAACGUGCAGUCCGUUUAAGUUUAAGCUACCCGACUCUACCUUUGUAGACAGCAGCGAUGGAGAAAUGCCCAAUAUGAAGAUAAGACUACUUGACCAGAACAAGAAUCCAAUUUCUCCAAGCUCUUGGAUUCAGCUGAACACUGCAACUUUAGAGCUGUAUGCAAUCUUUCAGAGCUCUGCACUAGCAACCAGCAGCCAUAUUGUAUCUUCCUCGACCGCUACAUCAAUUCCGAUUUCAAAAACAUUCAUUUUCAACUUAGAAGCAAGAAACAGCCGUGGUGUUAGCGCAUAUAGACAAUUCAAAAUGAAUGUUCUUGACUAUCCAUACACGAGUGACUGCUAUGCUACGAUAAAUGUUACGAGAACGUUCGGCGAUGAAAGUACAUAUGAUCUUGAUGUUUUGUUUCGCCUUGUUAAUGCAAUAAGCAGUUUCUUUAAAGAGAAAACUGCAAGUGUAAAAGUUUACAAAUUUAAAAAAUUGUCAGCAUUUUCUUACACGCUGGUGUUUAGCAACUGUUCGUUUGUUUUCUCGACAAUGAAAGAAGCGAAGUGGGGAUUGAGUGAAUCACACAGAGCUGCGAUUACCAUGAUUUUUUCGCAAAUGAUGCAGAGCAAUGGAGUAGCAUCUAAUGCCUUUGCUACAUCACUUGCAUCAAAUGGCUUUUCCCUGACAGGGAUAAAUACAAGCUACAGCUGUAUCGAAUCAGCGCCAUUUUCGAAAGUUGGAAGGCUUAGGCCAUACGCAUUUUUAUGCCAGACAUUCAGUGAUCCACUAUCAGUAGAUCUAUUCAACGAUGCGCGCGAUGGAACGAAUCUUCAGCUAUCACUCCAUUACCUUAAUGGUAACGCUGUCUCACCAGAUGAAUGGGUUCAGCUUGAUCCUCUCAACAAAGUAAUUUACGGUGCAGUUACUCAAAUGGUCAAGGCAAAUAUUCCAUCAUUUGAAGGCUACACUUACAUAUUAACAGCUACUGACUCAUCAGGUCGCACAGCAAACAUUUCGUAUAUUAUCAAGAUAGCAAGCGCUGCCCCGAUCCAGGAUGUUAGAUUUUUUCUAGGUUUCGAAAGCACUUUCACAAUCUACAGUAGAACAACUGAUAUACUGCUCAACGUAACAAACAAGAUUGCGAAAUAUUUGGACAACAACAACCAUGGGACAAAUGUUGUUAUUUACUCAUACGACGCCAUUAGUCUUAUUUCUUUUGAAAUGUGCAAUUUCAAAUGCACUCCUUCUAUGAUGACCACAGCACUGCAAAAGCUCCAAAAACAGAUGUUCAAACCUUUACCUAGUGAUGCAUUCAAAGCAGCCAUGGGACCGGAUAUAGUUCCUCGCUAUAUUUUCGUGAACGGGCCUAAAUGCGUCGAGACGACAACUGUAACUAUACACGUGAACCACUUGCUUAUUUCGAACCAGCCAAUCUGUGGGUUCUUGAACUAUAGCAUCCCUGAAAAUGCUUUUGGGACUUCUCUUGGCGAAACUACAAAGGACUUGAUCUUAACAAUGUUUACGAGUGAUAAUAAAGUGAUACCACAAGAUUCCGUGAUUCACUUCCAUCAGGAUCUUCAGGCCAUUCACGGCGUCGCAAUAUUCUCGCACCUUUCAUCGACUUUGACCUAUGUACUGACAGCUUCAAGUGCUCGCUCAACCUCUGUGGUAACGACCAAUGUACGUCUAAACUUCCCUGACUAUGUCACAUUUAGACAGACAGAAGCUAGACUCUGCACUUUUUCGAUUAAACUAACAACAAAUUUCAACCCUGCCGUAUCUGACGUCUUCAUUCUUCGUACGUUCAUGAUAAAGAUUGCAACAUUUUUUAAAAGCAAUGUGCAGCAAAUUCAGAUCGUGUCGUAUAGCAGAAGCAUUACAUACCCUAUUAGUUUGACCAUCAAGUUUUCCAAUUGCUCCUGGUUAUACCUUCUUCAGAGUGUAACUACACUUGGCACGUACUACCAACGAGUUGAGACUGCUUUACGCCUAGUAUUUCAGUACAGUGGUUCAACAUUAGUCGGUACUUCCAGUACCUUCAAGAGUGCUUUAUUUCCAGAAUUCACCAUAAAUAGUGUCACGAUUAACAAAACAACAUGUGUUGCACCACCCGACCGACCUCCAAGUUCUAGAAACCUGAAUCCAAUAGAAAUUGCUCCGUGCGGUGAAUUUAAUUAUGUCAUUCCAGCUGAUCUAUUUAGCGAUGAAGAUGGAAACACAAGAGGCCUAAGGGUCGAAGUUCUGAUGCAAGAUGGAUCACAGCUUCCGACAAACAGUUGGAUCAUAUUUGAUAACGUGACACAAACAAUAGCGGGUCUGCCUUUGAACCAGACGCUUGUGGAACAACCGAAUGGAGGCUUCAAAUAUAGAAUCAAGGCAAGUGACAAAUUAGGCCAAUCUACUUACGUUACCAUGACAAUAAAAAUCAAUGGGGCACCAUAUCAAAGAUACAAUGAUAUUGGAUUGCAUUUAUUCUAUAUGAGUACAGUAAAAAGCAAAUACCAGAUGUAUCACAUUUUAACAUUUACGAGAAAGGUCUCCAGGUUCUUAGGUGAUAGCAAGAAUAGAGUGCGCGUUAUGUCAGCGACUAUAACUCCGACAACUAUAGCAAUGAGUUUAGUUAACUGUACUGCAUGUGAUCCAAUGAAUAUCAUCAAGUACCUGGUUUUGUUUGUGGCACAAGGAGUCUUCAAUGCUUUUAUGGCUCCAGAAUUCCCCGUGUCAUUCAGCUUGAAUCCAGAAGGAAGAUGUUCACCCGGGGAUGAUGGAUACAAUAAUAUCACAAAUGGACAAACAUACAAUGUCAGUUUCUGUAAACGUAAUCGAAUAAGCUUCCUGCAGCAGCUUGGCGUAAACCAGCUGCCGGCAGACACUAAAGUCAUCGUCAGGAAUGCAUCAACUGGUCCGCUGCCUCUCAACUCCUGGUUCUGGUUCAACGAAAGUUCGUCUGUCUUGGAAGCGUUUCCUAGUCAAAUGACUCUGCUAAACCAAAUGGCAAACGGGACCUACUUCACUUGGGCGACGAGCUCAAUUUCCACAGACCAGAGAACUGGAUCGUUCUAUAAAGACGCGCUACGCAUUGUGGGAUCACCUCCACUGUCAGGCUUGCAAUACACUGCAAAGUUUACCGCAACGUCCACGACCAGCUUCGUUGAUGCAUAUUAUGUUAGUCUUGUAUUUGAUUCAUUGAGCCAAUACUUGGACAGAAAUGAUUUGCAGCUUGUGUCCCUGUCACGUUUGCAAGCAACUAUCUUAACGUUUGAGGUGAGGUUCCAGAUUUGUGGCCUACCAGCUGAUUGCAAAGACACUUCGGUAAAAAUCUUGGAUAACAAGGUUUUCGCAUCACCUGGAAAUCUGAGACCCGAGUUUAAAAAGAUAUUUCCAACAGGCAUUGCGAUAAUAUCGAUGUCAGACAACUGCAAGGAUCAACCUCCCGAAAUUUUGAUGCCCAACCUUAACUUGACCGUUCCAAUAUGUGGAUUGUUUCGAUUCAAAAUCCCUCAGAGCUUUGCAAAGGAUCCUGAGGAUGGUGGUAUUGAGAACUUGACGAUUUAUCUAAGAACGGUGGACAACAAUAUCUUACCUCGAGAUUCUUGGAUUCGAUUUAACUCGACAUCUAGAGAGAUUUAUGCACUUCCAACCGAAAGUGUCAUAAGAACGCAACCAUCGACUGGCUGGCCGUUCUUAAUCGUCGUAGAAGACAAAAUUGGCAAACAAGCAAAUACGUUAGUGAAUAUAUAUGUGAAAGAUGACAAGAAAGUUUACUAUCAACUCACAAUUUCCUUUCAAACGAUUAAUAUUGACGUAAACUCGCCGUAUCUCGAUAUCCAAGUAAAAUUUCUUUCAAUGCUCUCAGCCUUUCUAAAUGAUCGAGGACUAUCAGAUUACAGGGUAUUGUCUUUCUCAAAAACUGUAACAAGUGGGCCUAAAUCCGAGUUAUUUUUCAUUCGUUUUGGGAACUGCUCUGUGAGUAGAGAAAUGUGUACCUAUAGCCACCAUAGUUUUGUGGCUUCGCAAGAUCAAAUUCUAUCCGGCUUUGCAGACACAAACAGCAUUUUCUUCAAGUUUAUGGCAAGCUCGUUUAAAAUAACGUCAUUUAAAAAUGAAUCUCACUACAGCAUUGACACGCCUCCAAAAUUAAUCAGCAUAAUGAAUGUCAUCAGACUGGAUUCUUGUGGGAUGUUCCUUGACAAUAUUCCAUCUGGCACAUUCUAUGAUCAAGAGCAGCAAAACAACCUCGCACUUAAACUGACUUAUGAGAACAGGACCACCCCAGACAAUAAUUUCUGGAUGCAGCUUGUUAAUAAUAAACUCUAUGUUGUACCAAAUGAAAAUGAAAAAACUGAUGUGUAUCGCAUGCUAAUAACUGCCUCAGAUAAAUGCAACAACACAGCAAGUGCUACAGUUUCUGUAGAUUACACAAGCAGAACACAACCUAUUCAUUACGAGAUAGAAAUAAGAGCCACAAUAAAUUCGUUGCUACCAGGUGUCAUUUACACUUCGCAGUUGAAGCACGCCCUGAAAACGCAUUUCGGCGACUCUGUUUGGAACACACGGUUUACCUAUUACCUAACCGAUAGAACAAAUCUUGUCGUGCGGUGGAUCAACUGCAGCUUUUUGUGUAACCAGACUGCGAUUUUUAACGUUAGAAAUAAACUUUUUCUCGCUUAUAAUAACAUAAAUCCGGCGUUUCUUGCGCUCUUGAACUUCACGGUAACCAAUAUGACAGACAUUUGGUCAAACAACUGUACAAAACCAAAAUCAACACCACCAGUUGCAAAUAAAAGCAUCUCAAUUCAAGUUCCGUUAUGUACUAAGCUGAAUUUCACAGUCCCAGCUGAUACAUUUUACGAUAGAGAGGAUGGCAAUACCAGAAAUUUACAGGUUUCUCUGCUAACUGAGGCUGGGGAUGCAGUUAGCCUUCAAAGUUGGGUGCAGUUGGACCAGAAAAGGCAACUUUUGUACGGUUAUCCGAGAUUCACUGGGAGUUUGCCUUUCCAAAAAGUGUACAAUUAUCGCUUGGCUGCAACUGAUAAACAUGGCUACUCAACGUGGACUCCACUUGUGAUAACAAUAACUGAUAAUCCCCCGGCUAUUUCGUAUAAACUUACUCUGAAAGGCAUUACGACCGUUCCAACGUCAACACCGCUUGUUUACCAAGAAAUACGACUUAUAGAGGGUGUUGGGAAGCAUUUUAAUGAUUAUGCUAUCAACGAUAUCUCUUAUUCUCGAACAGGAAGUGAGUACCAAUUUUCGUGGAGCUUCUGUGCCAUGAAGACGGAUUCUUGCGAUUGCUUUCGUAUUCAAAAGAUUACUGAAGCCUUGUCCCAAAUUCAAAAUCUGCAGCAGCAAAUUGGUCCAGAAUUCACCAUCACGGGUGAGGCUCAGAAAGAACUACAUGGAGUUUGUCUGAAUACACGUAAACCUGAGCUGCGAAGAGAUAUAAACGAGAUAUCUAUAUCAUCGGGUCAAUAUUUUGCAUAUGGUAUCAAGUAUGAUAAAUUCUACGACUUUGAAGAUGGCUAUACCAAAAACCUGACUCUUUUCCUCUCCGAUAACAAUAACAGAAAACUCUCCGAUUCCCACUGGUUAAAGAUACAAAACUUUUCUUUUUGUGGCUUACUUACUCUAUCUGAGGCACAUCGAUCAGGUUGGAUGAAGUCAUCGUCAGUUGAAUACACAACAUACGCAAGGGAUAGCUGUGGAAUGCAAACGGGGGAUUCCUUCAUAGUUAGAGUGAACACUGCUUUGUCAUAUUUGACCUACAAGAUCACUAUAUUUCUCAAGAGAUCACCCGGGAGCAAUUGCACGAGGAUGAAUACAUUUUUGCAGAAGAUAUCCACAUUCAUUAGCACUCCUGUUUCUUAUAUUUACGUUUUCAACUACUCCAUGUAUGACGGACCAAAUAAUUCUUCUUCUGUCGUAUGGGGACUGCGCAACAUAACAGAAACAAAUUGCAACAACAAAACAGUUAAGCAAUUGCAAGAGAAAUUUUUAUAUGAAAAUGGUACAGUGAAAUCAGUGUUUAAAGACCGCAUGAAACCGGAAUUCGAGGUUGUUGAUGUCAGUGAUCAGAGUUCAGAAGCCUGCGCCAAUAACACAGUCAUCAUACCUCCAACGAGCGGCGGUGAAUUUCCGUGGUGGAUAUUGAUCUUAAUUCUUAUUCUGAUACUGCUCUUACUACUUUGCUGGUUGUGUUGGAUAUGCGUCCCCCGUUUAUGUCCAGCAUGCUGCGUUAAAUGCUGCGGUGGACUAUGGGCUAAAUGCUGUGGAAAAUGUUGCCUACCAGGAGGUAAAUACGCUUCCUUGGAUGAAGAAGGCGUUGCAGGGAUGCCGAAAGGUCCUGAUGAUAUUCAAACAGAUGGCAAGGACAACAAUGGCGAUGAAGAUGAAACAAUGUUGUUCCCUCCUCCGUACCGGGUUCCUGACGACCCUAAAGGACAAAAUUUUGGCUUCGAACGAGAUGGACCAGACGACGACGAACCCGGUGACGACGAACCAGUAGACGAUAACGAAGAGAGUGAUGUCCCAGGCGAUGGUGGAGAUUCCCCUGGAGUCAAUGGCAAUCCGGGGGGCGAAGGUGAUAAAAACGGCGACGGUUCUGAUGAAUCUUCUGGCUUCCGCGAAGAAGCAGGAGAUAGAUCUGAUUAUGAUGCCCAAGCAGAGUCUCUAGAUUCGGGUGUCAUUGAGCAAGAGAUUCAACAAGAAGAACUUCAACUUGCUGAAAACGUCCCUUCUAACCCAGGCUUUCUUGACUUACCUUCUCUAUAUUCCACUAAAAAGAGAGACGACGGGCGAAAUGAGGGCGAGGAUUUUUUUGCAGAUGUGCUAGCAGAAGCCAGACGUGGAUCAGAAGAUGCUGAAGGAUUUCAGCAAAACAUGGGAAUGGAAAAUUAUGGAAAUGACGUCAUACGUUCGCAGAAUGGUGCAGAUAGCAUUACGGGAAGUGACGACGGUUUUCUGUCGAUGAAAAAAGAAAGCAGUGGAGAUUAUGAAAACAUAUUUGAUUAUGAGAAAGAGGAAGGCUUUGACGAAUAUCGCAUUCUACCGAGUGCCGUCGGUGAUAAUCGUUUGAUAGUGAGGGAACAGAUGAUAUCCAACGAGGAAACAGAAGGACAAUUUCAGAUUGACAGUCUAGAUAAUGAUGAUUAUGAAAGACGAAGAUUUGAUAGACAAAGUGGAGAUCACAACAAUUUAACCCAUGAAAUUGACGGUGUAAGCUUCAAUUCAAGGGAAGGAUUUGAAUCAUCAAGAAUAGAAGAAAGUGUCUUACAAAGAAAUGCAUCCAUGUAUGAAGAAACCCUCGAUAAAGAAGGCCUAUCAUUGCCAAAUCUUCCACGUGAUGACCAGGUGAUGACAUCUGGUGGUAUUGAUGGUAAAAACACAACAGAAUACUACAACCAAAGUGAAAUUCGAAGGUCUUCGACUUCGUUUACAAACUUAAGUAAGUACGCCAUGUUUUCUGAGGCAAAUGAGCGACAAUUGCCAGCCUCGCCAUCUCUUGUGCCAGUCAGCUUGACAAAGCCGGUAGAAUUAACUCUGCCCAGGAAGACUUUCGAAGCUUUGCAAAGCCAAAGUGAAAGAGAAGGCAUGUCCAUGAAUAAAUAUGACAUGCGACGAGGAAGCAUCCCCGUGAUGGUUGAUGGACCUUUUGGAAAACAAAUGAAGGAAAUCCGCCUAACGGGAGUAGAUACAAAUAGAAAUGUUAGAACUAUGAGAAGGUCAAGCUCUUCUUUUCACAUUGACAAAACUACAGACCAACAGAAUGCGAUGAUGUUACCUGCUGCACCGUCGUCAGUACGAAGAACUUUCAGUGAGUCUGAUCUCUUGGAAACACGCGGGCAAAAAAAUGAUGGUCAGGAUAUUAGACUGAAUCACAAUUACGAGCAAAACAGCUUGUCAAACGAGAGAUAUCGAAGUGGAAUUUCUGAUACAUUUGAAACAAGAAAUUCAAAGCAAAAAUAUUUGUCUCCUACAGAUUAUUCUGUUCAUACGGCUUUGAGCCUUGAUACUUCAAAUCCACUAGCAAAAGAUCAGUUAAAAAAGCAGAGGAUGGAUGUAACCAAAUACGAAUAUGCAGAUAAUUUUGAUCACCCAAGGAGCUCUGUCACUUUACCAGAAAAGCAAAGAUUUCAAUCCACUGACGUUUACUCAAAUGGCAGGUCUUUCAGGGAAAGUGAAUUUGAGUCCUUCAGGGAUGGUCCAUCUACGAUAACAAGUAAAAAAAGCAGAACAAAGGAAGUAGUAUUUGAACCAAAUAAAAAUAAGAUAAGUAGUUUUUCGUAUACGGAGAAAGAUGGAAGAAUUAACUCGUCAAGCAGUUUGGGCGAGUGGCAGCGAUUCGAAGAUCAGGAAGUCCUAGAUGAACACAGCAACCCUUUAGACGAAUACGAUGUUGGACGAAAAUUUUCAUCGGCGGGAUCUAGCAGCAAAAGAUACAUGUAUAGAACGAAAGGCGAAACAAAAGAUAUUAAAGGGAGAAGCAUAAAUGCUGUUCGUGAUAGUCAGAGCAUCCUGGGUAAGAACAUUUCAGGAGGUAGACCAAGAUUGGCAGGCGACGGCAUGGAAAUGGAUUCAAGAAGAAUUGAGGCUGCUUAUAUCAAAAAUGUUUACGAAGAAGACACCUAUAUCUAAAUCGAAUAAUUUGUCGUGUACUUAAGAGAGAGAAGUUGCUUCAGAAACGAAAUUUUUUAGCAAAAGACAUUUUUUAAUUUUCAACAUAACAUUUUUAGAGCAUAUAGCACAGAUGCUUCUGUUGUGUUGAUUACAUUAUUUUGUUCGUACAUACGGUGGUUGAAAGACCACAAAUUGUAAAAGAGAUGAAAAGGCAUCAGUGCAUAAAAUUAAGUGUAAUAAUGGGUAAGAUUAAGUUUUAACAUGUAUCUAUUUCCUCAGCAGUCUUAAAUAUCACUAAAUAUUUUUAGCAUUGACUUGUUAUCUUAUAUAUUAUUUAAUGUGUGCAUUUGGUCUGUUCUAUUAAUAUUCUAUGUGUAGCAAACGUGCUUUGUAUUUUGUUACGUCAUUUCAUUACAUAUCUUGUAACAGCAGAAUCUCUGCGAGUGAUGCUUUCCUCUAUACCUGGUGCCUUAACAUUAAUAACUUCCCUUUUUACUAACUCCAGCAAGCCAUUUUCAAGAAACCGAACAGCCUUCAAUAUAUAAAAGGGAUAUGUAAUAGGUUUGGAUAAAUUUACCCGCUUCUUCUUGAAGAGAAGAAUUGAACAAAAAUUUUUUUUAAAGAAGAAGUAGAAGAAAAAAGAAGAAGAAGAAGAAGAAGAAAAUAAGAAGAAGAAGCAGAAGAAGAAGAAAAAGAAGCUAAUCGGAAGUGGUUGCUAUUAGAUGUUCGACUUUAUGUCCAAAUUCUGUGGAGUCUCGUAUUUGUCGAAAUUUUCAGAGCAUCGCAUUAAAU